CUACCUUUAACCUAUAUUUAUACAACAUCCUAAUCUGUCAUCAGUGGAUACAAAUGGCAAAUUCCAUAAAAACACCUUCACUAUUUGUUAUUAUUUACUUGUGUAUACUUAUAUGAUUUAUUUAUUCAUUAGUGAAAAUAGUUUUCCAAUGAUAUAUUUUUAUAGUCUUUAUUGAUAUAAAAGUAUAAUAUAGUCAAUUUCAUCAAUUUCUAAAAGAAGCAUUUAGUGAUAACGUUUAGUGUAUAUGUAUAGUUUUACCUAAUUAUUGGGGAUAAUAAUUCAUGACAAUAGAUUUUCAUUAUUGACUUUUGAAACAUGUCGGAUGUGGAAGGUGAAGAUGAAUUCCAAGAUGCUCAGGAAAAUUUACCGCAACUUACUUCCAUGGAUUUGGAGACUGCGUUAAUGGAAUCAAAACAAGCUAUUCAUUACUUUUUCAAUAAUGAUUUUGAGAAGGCAAAAAAAAUUAUGGAACCAUGGGCCAAUAGUAGUAUGUAUCACGCAUUAGGAAACAGUGUCUUUGCAUUUUUGGAGGCAAUACUCACGUUCGAGCACAAAUACAUCGAAAAAGCAUCAGAAUCAUUAAAACAAUGCAUAGCCGUUUGUUCACGACAACGCAGACAUUCUAGUCUUACACAGAAUAUUGGAAAAAUGGUGAAGAGAACGAAUUACGAUUCCUAUACACUUGAGGAAGUGCAUGCGGAACUGUGCUAUGCAGAAUCACUCCUCUUGAAGUCGAUGCUUACAUUUGUGGAGGACGAAACACUGGUCAGCUUUGUCAAGGCUGGAUUGAAAAUUCGAACCUGUUUUCUUUCUUACAAGGAAUGUGCAUUGAUUUUGAAAACACGCAAAUGGGAAAAUGAAGCGCAGAAAGCACAUUUCGAGAGUGGCGUUCAAAUGGGCCUUGGAUCGUUUAAUUUGAUGAUAUCAUUGCUGCCGGGAAGAAUAAUAAAAUUACUUGAGUUCAUUGGCUUUUCAGGCGACAAGAAUUACGGUUUAUCGGAAUUGCACGCCGGUUACAAUGAUCGAAGGGGCAUUCGUCAAGUAUUGUGUGCGAUGAAUCUUCUCUCCUAUCAUUUAAUUGUCUCCUUUGUAUUGAGUCACACCGACGGCGAUUUAAAUUGGUGUGAAAAAGCUCUUGAACAGGAGCUAAGUCUCUAUCCGAAUGGCGUUUGGUUCUUGUUUUUCAAAGCACGUCUCGAAUUCGCUCGUGGAAAUUUGGAGGAUUGCGUACAAUGGUACAUAAAGUCGUGGAAGAGUCAAGAAUUAUGGCCACAAUUUCAUCAUCUUUGCUUUUGGGAAUUAAUGUGGGCGCAUUCGUUGCAACAACAGUGGGAUCAAUCUCUAAAAUACGCCACAUUACUUGUCAAGGAAUCAAAUUGGUCACGAACUAUUUAUCUCUAUCAACAGGCGGCAAUUAUGAUUAUGAUGAGGAACGCCUCGAAAGAUGACGAUCGUCAUUCAAUUGAUAGUUUAUUGAUGCAAGCGCCGACAUUUAAGCAACGAAUUGCUGGGAAAUCAUUGCCAAUGGAGAAGUUUGUUAUUAAAAAAGUUGAACGUUAUUUUGCACAAAAGAAACAUUUAGUUUUGCCAAUGUAUGAAUUGAUGUUUGUUUGGAAUUUGUUCCGUGUUGCUGGCAAGAGGCAGGAUAUCGUUAUGAAAAUGUAUCAGACCAUCGAGGAGGAGGAUCGGAUCUUUAAGGAUGCGCCGAAAACGGAAUUCCAGAUGGACAAUGAGGCACUUAUUUUAUUAUUGAAAGGAGCAUGCUUGAGACAAAUGAAGCAUCCUUUACAAGCUGAGGAGUGUUUGAAGAAAGUAAUUCAAUCGGAAAAGCAGAUUAGAGAAGAUAGUUACCUACUUCCUUAUGCAGCUGUCGAACUCGCUUUGUUGGCUCGGGACGAGGGAAACAUUCAAAAUGCAAUAUCACUCCUCGAAGAUGCCAAGAAAAAUUACACUGGAUAUUCAUUGGAGUCAAGAUUGCAUUUUAGAAUACACGCAGAAUUAAUGGAUCUUACAGGUAAAUUAUCAACACCAAAAUUACCAAAUGUCUAUGCAAUGGAUCUAAAUGGCGAUCUCACUGGUCAAUCCAAGCAAGAAGUUAAUGUCAGUAAUAUUAAAUUAAAACAUUCAAGUUCCACAAAAUCUUUGAAAAACAAAAUUUUAAACAAUUCAUAGUUUCGUAUUUAAGGUGCUCACCUAUUACGUAAAAUUCUUUUUUUUUUACUCUUUAAGUUUUUUUCUUAAAGUUUGUAAAUUAACUACUUGAAUAUUAAUUUUUUAAUUAUUGCAAU